CGCCGCCACCCUGGGUUGGGAAUAGGCUCGGGAGCGCGCCUGCCAGCCUUGCCUUGCCCGAGCGAGCCCUUCUUCUCUUCACACACGGUCGCCGGCGCUCGCCCAGGAACCAGCGGCUUCCCCCUGAGGAGAAAGAGGUGCUCGCUCUCUCGCUCACUCUCUCCAGCGCCCCGCCCUGCUUGCCACACCAGAGGCUGGCCGCUACCUUAGUUUCUUGAAGACCAGGGGAUAAAAAAGAAGAGGUUGGACUUAGGCUGUUAUGACUCAUUUGAACUGAACAUUAAACAAAGAUUGCACUACAUCACGUAACUAUUUCCUGAAAUCUCCUUGGAUAACAAGAAGUUGAAUUUAUAUUAAUUCCAGUGAGUGUGUCCUAAUGAAUUUUGGAAUAAGAAUGAAGAGGGGAAGGAACAUCUCUAGAAGCAGCAUUCCCUUGGUUCUCUUUUUAUGCCAAAUCAUUAUUGCAUUGGAUGUACCUCUUGAUCCAAAACUUCUUGAAGAAUUGCCACAGCCUCCAACAAUAACACAACAAUCUCCAAAAGACUAUAUCAUUGAUCCGAGAGAGAAUAUUGUAAUACAGUGUGAAGCAAAAGGAAAACCACCCCCAAGCUUUUCAUGGACUCGUAACGGAACUCAUUUUGACAUAGAUAAGGAUGCACGGGUAAGAAUGAAGCCACAUUCAGGAACUCUUAUCAUAAAUAUUAUUAAUGAAGAAAAUGGAGGAAGAGCAGAGUCAUAUGAAGGAAUUUAUCAGUGCAUGGCAAGGAAUGAGCUUGGUGCCGCCAUUUCCAAUAAUAUUGUCAUACGGCCAUCCAGAUCCCCUUUAUGGACUAAAGAAAAACUAGUUCCAAAAAUAGUAACUGAAGGUCAAUAUGCAAUACUUCCUUGCAGGCCACCAAUGGGAUUACCACCACCUAUAAUUUUUUGGAUGGAUAACUCUUUUCAAAAGCUGCCUCAGAACAGUAGAGUUUCACAGAGUCUAAAUGGAGACCUUUAUUUUUCUAAUGUAAUACCAGAAGAUACCCGUGAUGAUUAUAUAUGUUAUGCAAGAUUUAACCACACUCAAACUAUCCAACAGAAGCAACCAAUUUCUUUAAAAGUUGAACCAGUGGAUUCAUUGAAUGAAACUAUAACUGCUAAUAUGAGUGACUCUGAUUUUUAUGGUGCCAGAUUAUAUCCAGAAAGACGGCCAACUCUUCUAACACCCACUGGAAGCACAAGUAGCAAAACAGAGUUAAGAGGAAACACCCUUCUGUUGGAGUGCAUUGCAGAAGGAUUACCUACACCAGCCAUCCAAUGGAUUAAAGAAGGUGGUGAACUUCCUGUCAAUAGGACCUUCUUUGAAAAUUUUCAUAAAACCCUCAAAAUUAUUGAUAUUUCAGAAGCUGAUUCUGGGAAUUAUAAAUGUAUGGCAGCAAAUCGUUUGGGUUCUGCUCACCAUGUUAUUACGGUCACUGUUAAAGCUGCACCUUACUGGAUAAGAGAACCUGCAAACCUUGUGUUAUCCCCUGGAGAAAGUGGUUCUUUGAUAUGUCAAGCUAAUGGCAAACCCAAACCCAGUAUAAGCUGGUUUGCUAAUGGAGUUCCUAUUGCAAUUGCUCCUGAAGAUCCUAGCAGAAAAGUAGAUGGUGAUACAGUCAUUUUCAAUGACGUGCAGGAACGAUCAAGUGGUGUUUAUCAGUGUAAUGCUUCUAAUGAAUAUGGAUAUCUACUGGCAAAUUCAUUUGUGAAUGUUUUAGCUGAGCCUCCAAGAAUCCUCACCGCUUCUAAUACACUUUACCAAGUCAUUGCAAAUAAACCUGCACUACUAGAUUGUGCUUUUUUUGGUUCACCUGUACCUGACAUUGAAUGGUUUAAAGGAGUGAAAGGCAGUAUUCUCCAGGGAAAUGAAUAUAUUUUCCAUAAAAAUGGAACAUUGGAAAUUCCCGUGGCUGAGAAGGAUAGUGGUGGCACGUACACCUGUGUAGCAAGAAAUAAACUAGGAAAGGUUCAGAAUGAAGUUCAUUUAGAAAUCAAGGAGCCAACAGUGAUUAUUAAACAGCCUGAUCACAAAGUUGUGCAAAGGACUGGACAGGUUUCUUUUGAAUGUAUUGUUAAACAUGAUACUACCUUAAUACCCACAGUUACGUGGUUGAAGGACAAUAGUGAAUUGCCAAAUGAUGACAGGUUUAUUGUUGGUAAAUACAACUUAACUAUUAUGAAUGUCACUGAUAAAGAUGGUGGAGCAUAUACUUGCAUGGCUAAUACUACUCUGGACAGUGUUUCUGCAAGUGCUGUGCUCACUAUUGUUGCUCCUCCAACAGCUCCACCUGUUGUUUACGAUCGUCCUGAUCCACCUUUUGAUUUGGAAUUGACAGAUCACCUAGAAAGAAGUGUUCAGCUCACCUGGAUUCCUGGCAAUGACAAUAAUAGCCCUAUUACAAAGUUCAUCAUUGAAUAUGAAGAUGCCAUGCGUGAACGAGGGACAUGGAACUACCAGACAGAGGUCUCUGGAAUCCUCACAACUGUACAGUUAAAGCUGUCACCGUAUGUUAAUUAUUCCUUCCGUGUAAUAGCUGUCAAUGAUAUUGGAAGAAGCCAGCCAAGUGAAGCUUCUGAGCAAUAUUUUACAAAACCUGCAAAGCCAGAUGACAAUCCUGGUGUCAUUCGAGGAACUGGAUCAGAACCUGACAAUCUAGUGAUCAUGUGGGAGCCUUUAAAGCAUUUUCAGUCCAAUGGUCCAGGGCUUCGGUACAAAGUCAGUUGGCGGCAGAAGGAUGGUGAUGAUGAAUGGACAUCAGUUGUUGUAGCCAAUGUAUCUAAGUAUAUUGUGUCUGGUACACCAACAUUCACUCCAUAUGAGAGAAAAGUGCAAGCACUAAAUGACUUAGGGAUGGCACCAGAGCCUUCAACAACAAUUGGACACUCAGGAGAAGAUUUGCCAAUGGUUGCACCAGGAAAUUUGCAGGUACAAGUUAUAAACAGCACGUUAGCAAAGGCUGAGUGGGAUCCAGUUCCUUUAAUGUACGUCCGAGGUCAUCUUCAGGGAUAUAAAAUUUACUACUGGAAAGUGAAAAGUUUAUCAGGACGAAUUAAGAGACAUGUAGAAAAAAAGAUGCUGAAUUUCAGCGGAAACAAGACACAUGGAAUGGUACCUGGACUGGAGCCUUAUAGCUCUUACAGACUGAAUGUCAGAGUAGUUAAUGGGAAAGGAGAAGGACCACCAUCCUCUGAUGCAACAUUUAAAACACCAGAAGGAGUUCCCAGUGCACCCUCCUUUUUGAAGAUUACUAAUUAAAAUCUGGACUCUCUCACUCUGGAAUGGGGCCCACCUUCUCACCCAAAUGGUGUUCUGGUAGGAUAUAUGCUGAAGUUUCAACCAAUUAAUAGCACACACGAUUUAGGCCGCUUGGAAGAGAUCAGCAUUCCAGCCAAUGAGACCAGCUUGAUAUUAUGUAACUUAAAUUACAGCACUCGAUACAAGUUCUACCUCCAAGCACAAACAUCAGUGGGACACGGAAGUCAAAUAACAGAGGAGGCAAUCACAAUUACGGAUGGAGGAUAUUCAGACAAUCAUCCUGAAAUUUCCCCUGUUAUGCAUACUAUGCCUCCAACAUUUUAUAAGGUGCAACCAGUGUACCCAAGCAUCAAAAAUCUUACGGCAGCUGCUGCUGAGACCUAUGCCAAUGUCACUUGGGAGUAUGAGGGUCCAUUUCAUGAGAACAUUUAUAUUGAAUAUGGUGUGGCAGGCAGCGAAGAAGAAUUGAAAAAAGAACAUGUUAAUGGUUCGCGGAGCUUCCAUGUGUUAAAGGGAUUAACACCAGGAACAUCAUAUAAAGUCCGGGUUGGUGCUGAGGGUCCUGGUUUUGAGAGUUUAGAUGCUGUGUUUCAGACAGGCCCAGCAAAGGCAAGCCGGCAGGUUGACAUUGCUACUCAAGGAUGGUUCAUUGGUCUUAUGUGUGCAGUUGCUCUACUCAUCUUGAUUUUGCUGAUUGUUUGUUUCAUACGGAGGAAUAAAGGAGGAAAAUAUCCAGUGAAAGAAAAAGAAGAUGCUCAUGGUGAUCCAGAAAUACAGCCUAUGAAAGAUGAUGAUGGGACACUUGGUGAAUACAGGUCUCUUGAAAGUGAUGCUGAUGACCACAAGCCUCUUAAAAAAGGAAGCAGGACACCUUCAGACAGAACUGUGAAAAAAGAAGACAGCGAUGAUAGUUUAGUUGACUAUGGAGAAGGAGUCAAUGGUCAGUUCAAUGAGGAUGGCUCCUUUAUUGGACAAUACAGUGGUAAAAAAGAGAAAGAACCCGCAGAAGGAAAUGAAAGCUCUGAGGCUCCUUCCCCUGUUAACGCAAUGAAUUCGUUUGUCUAGUUAAAAGAAACUCUGCCCCAUUCCAACAACAUUGCCCUUGGUUUUUUCCCAAGCACUUGUACAUCUUCCCCAUGUUACAGAUAUGAAGAAAACAUACAUUCUACGCAGCAAAGUGUUUAUACUCUAAGUACACAUAGAUGAAACAGUUACAUAAUUUUAACAACAGUAAG